AUGACAGGAAAAGCCAUGGCAGUACCUGCAACACUGAUGGUGGCACCCAGCGAUAGGGUGAAAAUGGUGGAAAUGCAUCCAAAGGAGCCAUUAUUUCUUUGUUCUCUAUACUCUGGGUUGAUUAACCUGUGGAAUCUUGAAACCCAAGUGCUCCUCAAGUCAUUUGACACUGGUACAGGAUUACCAGUGCGUUGUGUACGUUUCAUCCCACGCCUUCAGUCGUUUGUUUGUGGUACUGAUGACAUGAUGCUUCGCCUCUUCAACUACAAUACAAUGGAGAAAACCAAAACAUUUCAAGCACAUGAUGAUUACAUCCGAGGCAUCGCAGUACAUGAACAUUUACCAAUUGUUUUGACAUGCUCUGAUGAUAUGACGAUACGAGAAUGGGAUUGGAGCAAAAACUGGGCGCUUGUAAAUACUCAUGAGGGUCAUUUACAUUAUGUUAUGGCUAUUGCUUUUAACCCAAAGGAUCCAUCGACCUUCGCGACAGCCUCGUUAGACUGUACAGUAAAGGUAUGGAGUAUAAACAGUCCAGUACCGAACUUUCAGCUUGAGGGACAUGAGGAUGGUGUGAAUUGCGUGGAUUAUUAUCCUGGUGGUGAUAAGCCAUACCUUCUCAGUGGCGCUGAUGACCAAACUGUACGUCUUUGGGACUAUCAAACGAGAGCAUGCUUACAGGUUUUUACCCACCAUACGGCAAACGUUACGGCUGUAUUAUUUCACCCAAGCCAACCUCUGCUUUUUACAUUAGCGGAAGAUAUGGAGAUGAAAAUUAUUGCAUCUGACACGCAACGACUUUUGCUUAGCGUGGAUCAUUCUCGCAUGAAUCGCGGGUGGUCAAUGGCGGCAAAGCGUUAUGCAAACGUUUUGGUGGUUGGUUAUGAUGGUGGUACAGUUCUGUACAAGGUGGGCGAAGACAGACCUGUGUAUUCAAUGGACCCUAGUGGAAAGAUCCUUGUGGUUGUUGGUAAUGAAGUUACUCGUAUUGAUGCAAAAGGUAUUCCUGCAGAUAUGGCUGAUGGUGAUGUUCUAACUCUUCCGACGAAAGAUAUGGGUGCUCUUGAGAUGUCACCUUCUGCUAUUUUGCAUGGACCAAGUGGACAGUUUAUCGCUGUUCUUGGAGAGAAUGACUACACAAUUCUUUCUUCACUCUCUAUGAGACCUAAGUCAUAUGGUAAAUGUAUUUCUUUUGUAUGGGGCCCUGAAAAUGGCUCUUUUGCCGUUUUGGAGACUGCCAUGACACUAAAAGUCUACAAAAACUUUAAAGAACGCACCACUAUAAAUCUUAAUGAGACUGCAGAGAAACUAUUUGGUGGUCCUCUUUUUGGUAUCUGCACAUCUUCCAGUAUUACUUUUUACGAUUGGGCAACGUUAAGCUUUAUCCGGCAAAUUGAUGAAUGUCCAAAGAUGGUGCAGUGGAGUGACAAUGGUGAAAUGCUUGCCAUAGUUUCCACAACAGCAUUUUUUACGCUUCGUUUUAAUAGUGAAGCAGUGGUAGAAUACCUUGAAACACAUGAUGGUACACCAGAAGAAGGUCUCGACUUUGCCUUUGAAAUUGUAGAGGAAGUGGGAGAAAGUGUGAAAGAGGUUUUGUGGGUCGGUGAAUGUCUUGUAUUUGUUAACCAGGCGCAUCGUCUGAAUUAUUAUAUUGGUGGUGAGACAAAUAACAUUGGUGUUUUGUCACGGAAUCAAUACCUUCUGGGAUAUUUACCAAAAGAAAAUCGAAUUUUGUGUAUUGAUAAAGAAAAGAAUAUUACAAGCUAUACUCUACGUGCUAAUGUUAUUGAAUAUAUGAGUGCUAUUGUCCGUGAAGAUUUUGCCGCCGCCGAUGAGCUUCUACCAUCUAUCGAUAUGAGUGAAAGACUGCGACUUGCACAAUUUUUACAGGCUAAAAAUUAUCUUGAGAGAGCUUUAGAAGUCACCACAGAGGAAGAACAUCGUUUUGAUCUGGCAGUGCGAUUAGGUAGAUUGUCGCUUGCAAAAGAAAUUGCUGAACAGUGCCCAACGAUGGGACGUUGGAAACAGGUUGCUGACUUGGCACUGGAGAAGGGUAUGCUAAAACUGGCAGAGGAAGCGCUUCUUAAUUGCAGCGAUAGCAGUGGUUUACUACUAUUGUACUCUUGUAUGGGUGAUGUGAACGCAAUAUCAAAGCUUGGUGACGUAUGCGUUUCAAACGGGAAGGGAAAUAUCGCGUUCACAUGUUUCCAUCUAUCGGGAAGGUACGCUGAUAAUGUGGAGUUGCUGUGCCGUGCCGGUCAGGUUGGCGAAGCUGCAUUCUACGCCCGUACAUACUGCCAUAGCAAAGUGGAAGAGGUUGUGGCAAAGUGGAAAGUUGCUCUUGCCAAUCUGCCACGUGUACGUGAGGCUAUCGCAAACCCGGCAGCAUAUCCGAAUCUAUUCCCAAAUAUGCGAGAAUUAGCGGUAGCAGCAUCAGCAACGCCAGCAACAACGACUACAACAGUCACUUCAUCAACAAUGGAACAUACUCCACUGCGAGGUCACACUGAGGGACAUCAAGGGGUAAGACAGCAUGAAGAAACAGAGCAGGAUGAACACCACCAUCAACAACAACAACAACGGCUAGAGGAAAAAACUACCGGAAAAAAACAGGAAGAGGUUGAUGCCGCAGCUGCUUUCCUGGAGUCUCCGCAACCAACAAAGCCAUCUGCAGUCCUCUCUGCUAAUGACGGAAUGAAUUCACCUGUUAACGUGCACCAGACGGUAUCUGCUACAAGUAUGAAUUCACCUGGCGAAUUACUUGCUGCUCCACCCCCUUCUUUGGCACGAGAAGCCGAUGUGGAGGGUACGCCAGGGGACCCCCAAACCAAUAGCAAUGAUGCUGCUGGCAUCGAUGACGACGAAUGGGCUUAA